AUGGAGGAAUCGAAGAAAAUUAAAUGCGACGUUCUCGGGCUCUGUGAAACACGUCGAAAAGAAGAACUCAACGCAAGAUGGAACGAUGGGAGCGCCGUGAGAUUGGGCAAAGGAGACGGUACUCGAACAAUCGGAGGUAUUGGAUUCAUCGUAAGUAAAGAAUGGGCUUCUAAAAUAGUCUCGUGCAAUAUUCUGUCAUCAAGAAUAGGGGUUCUAAACGUUCAAGUAUCAGGAAAGGCCACCCUCAAAAUCAUCCAGGCCUACGCCCCAACAAACUCUGUUGAUGACGAUGAGGUUGAAGAAUUCUACCAGGAGCUGGAAACGGCUCUUACUAAAAAAUCCACAUACACCAUCGUCAUGGGCGAUUUCAACGCAAAGCCUAUUCAAAAAAAGACCAGCGAGAAGAUGGACAUGGAUAGCUCCGAAUGCUCAGUACCGAAACGAAAUCGACUACAUCAUGAUCGACAGAAGGCGACUACUUCAAGACGUCUCUGUCGUGGCUCCCUUCAACACCGGCAGCGACCAUCGUUUAGUUCGGGCGAAAAUCGUCAUCGACAAGAAAAGAGAGAAGAAAGCGCUGCAUAUCUCAAUGAAACACCAACGCAUCAAGGCCUUCGACGAGAUGGUAUUGCAAGACGCCAUCGAGAAAGAAAACUGGGAUCAGAUUGA